GGAUUCGAAGAAGAAGGCGAUUGUUCAAAUGGUGUUUGUGUUUGUGUAAUGUAUUUGCACUUGUGCUACACUCACACACACAGACAUACACAGUAAUCGUGUCAAAAGCAAUAUGGUGCCGCAAGUGAAAAAGCAUUUCUAGUAUAUAGUAUUUUACCAACAAAGCGUCAAAACAGUCUGUUUCAAAAGAAUAAAUCAAGGGUAUCGAUAAUAAAUUGCAAUUAAACCCAUCGCAACAAACAAUGUGUGAACCACAUAAAAAAGGGCACAAAGUUUUUAUGUUUGACAUAAAGGUUUCAUCGAAAGUGUCAAAACUUCUUUACAUUUGUGGUUGGUUCUUAAUUCUCUACUAUUCCGGAUGGAUUUCAAGUUCAUUUGUCGCAGCUGAUAAACAUUCAUUUGGACCGAGCGAUUUUAAGGGCGAAGUCAUUUUGAAUCGAAACAUUUUUGAACGAAACACAACGAUUCCAACAAAUUAUACCAUUAUCUAUAAAUAUGUGUUAAACAAAUUGGCCGGAGUGAUAACAUUUAUUGAAUUUGAUGUGGCGAAUUGUGUGAGUACCGGAAAGGUUGAAUUGAAGUUAAAUCAAGGAGAAAGAGAAGAAACCGUUGUCACAGCAAAUUUACAUGUAACGAAUUGUGAACAUCUCCAUGUGAAUGCUCGAAUACUCGGUUCUGAAGCAUCGGCUACAAGCCAACUGGCAAUCGAUCCGCAAAGAGCCGAAAUAUAUGGUGAUAAACUCUUUGAACCAAAAUCAUUUGCAUUCAUUUAUGCGCACAACGAAACUACUACGGUGGAUCGAUUCUUCAAGAUUGGUCAACGUCAAGCAAACGAUACGGUGCUCACAUUCGAUGAAAUCGUUGUCAAUAAUGAAUACAACAAUUUUCCCCAAUACGAAAUUGAUUAUAACGAUCCAAAUGCGUACAUAACACAAAUUGAGUUCCAGUUCAAUUCGCCAACUGCAACAGCAUUCUUGAAUAGUUCGUUUAUUCAACCGCAUAGUUUCAGUGCAAUCGUUUAUGAUCUGAAUCGACCACAAUUUACCGUAAAUUUCAAUGUAUAUGGAUACCAGGCUAGCGAAAAACCGACACAAUACAAGUCAAUCUUAACCGUUUAAAUGCAUUAGCCAUCGAGAACAAGAACAUAUCAGUGCCACACUAUCUACACACACACACGGUGCAAACAUAUGGUAAAACAAUAACUGCAAAUCAGAUGACAAUUCAACAAGCUACAAUAUCAUACGGACAAGCAGCGAGCAGUCGUCAGCCAUACCUCAAGCGAAGCCAAAAUAAAAAGAAAAUACUUUCCGCUUUGCAGACAAAAUUGUUCAGUUUUUUUUAUUUCUUUUUUCGUUAUUGUUAUUGUUGUUUUCAUAAAAUAUCAUACAUUUCUACAUUUUAUGGCAGAUUAAA